AUGGUACAUAAAAUAAAACACGAUAUCGAGAUGAGACGGACAGACGUUAGUGUGAAGUGUUAUAGUUAUGAAGAGGCGCUGGAUUUAUCAGGUCAUGGGAAGUACAAUAUUGGUCUGCUGUUCGCAUGCUUCAUGGUCAUCAUAGCGAUGGGCAUCGACAUUUUCGGUCUGGGCAUCAUAGUGACUGCUGCCACCUGCGACCUUGGGAUGAAUCUUCAGCAAAUUGGCGUGUUAUCCUCUAUGCCGUUUGCUGGUAUAAUAGUGAUGUCAUACCCGUGGGGCUACCUGUCAGACACUCGUGGAAGACGACUCGUAUUGAUGUGGGCGAUGACGGGGAGCUUCAUCAGCGCGGUCCUCAGCAGCCUGGCCCCGAGCUGGCAGGUGCUGGCGGCUUUGAGAUUCAUUAGCUCUGCUUUAUCCAGUGCAGCGGAGUCUGCCACGUAUGCUUUGCUAGGAGAAUGUUGCAACUCCAGGUGUCGAGCGAGGUACAUGCUGCUCAUGACAAGUGCUUUGAUGUUGACACCCACUUUAUAUUACAUCUGGGCUUACUUUAUCACCAAGCUGGAUUUCUCUAUUUACAUCAUGGGUAUACUGUACCGGCCGUGGCGUCUACUGACCCUCAUCAUGGCCCUGCCGUUGGGUAUCGGAGCGAUAUUGCUUUGGUUCUUCAGUGAGAGCCCCAAGUUUUUGGCUAAUGUUGGCAGGAUGGAUGAAGCUGUCGACGUUUUAAGACGAAUGCAUGAAAUCAAUAAGGGAAAAUCAGAUAAAUACCCCGUCGAGCAAAUAUACUUAGAAGAAGGCAGCAAAGAAGGGGUUGGCCAGUUAACGCUGCGGUCGCUUUGGCUCCAAAUUGCACCGUUGUUCAAACCUCCAUUAUUGGGACGAACGCUAUUGCUGUAUUACUUGACGUUUGUUGUUUAUAUAGCAAACAACAGCUUCGCCAUAAUCCUGCCCACAAUAUUCAACGUAUUCUUCACUUCAUACGCGAGCCUCGGCUCUGAUAGUGGCAGUUUCUGCGAUCUCUUCCACGUCGCCCGCGACGAAUCGAACUCACCUACAUUAAAUACGACCUUAAUUGAAUCUGUGGUGCCAGAGUGCAAGGAUGCGAUAUCAGAGAACACAAUCUGGGCGGGGUGUGCGCAUGGACUGUCGUUUUUCAUACUAAACGCGAUUAUAUCUCAAUGUGCUGGUAAACGUAAGAUUCUAACAAUAGUGAUCCUCAUAAUAGCUGCUGUGGCUGCAGCACUGAUCAACAUGACGGGGGAAGCGAUCUCGGGACUGAUACUUUUCUAUAUAUUUCUGACAACUGCAAUGGUGUUCGGUGUCGUGUCAUCGUACUUUGUCACGUUAUAUCCUACAUCUUAUAGAGGAAUGGUGGCUUGUCUAGGCAUGAUGGUGGCGCGCCUGUCCGCCUUCGCCGGCACCAACGUGGUGAGCGCUACCAUCACCGGCGCCUGCGCGCCCACGCUGUACGGGACCGCUGCAUUAGUCAUAAGUGGAGCAUUUGCCGCUUAUUUCUUACCUUCAGAUAAUGUAGAUGUUGGC